AUGGUGCCUGUCUUUGACAUUCUUUUGGGACGGAUCCGAGAACUGCACCUUUGCCAAAUCCUCCUGUAUUCCUACCUGGACAUGCUCCUUUACUUCACCAGACAAAAGGAUAUCGCCCAGGUCUUUGUAGAAUACAUCCAGCCAAAGGACCUAACCAAUGGGCAACUCUACCAGAAGACUUUGCUGGGGACCAUCUUGAAUAUUUCGUGCUUGCUGAAGGCUCCUGGUGUUGUUGAGAAUCAUGGCUACUUCCUGUUCCCAUCUCGAUCCAGCCCUCAGGAGAUCAAAGUGCAAGAAUCCAACAUUCAUCAGUUCAUGUCCCAGUUCCACGAGAAGAUCUAUCAGAUGCUGAAGAACCUGCUGCAGCUGUCCCCGCAGACCAAACACCGGAACCUGUCCUGGCUUGGGAACUGCUUGCAUGCCAACGCAGGCCGCACCAAGAUCUGGACCAACCAGAUGCCAGAGAUCUUCCUCCAGAUGUAUGCCUCAGAUGCCUUCUUCCUGAACUUGGGGGCUGCCCUCCUCAGGCUGUGCCAGCCCUUCUGCAAGCCCCGGUCUCCUCGGCUCCUCACAUUUGACCUCACCUACUGUGCUCUGAAAGAGCUGAAUGAGGAGGAGCAGCGGAGCAAGAACGUGCAUCUGAAAGGUAUGGAAAAGGAGACCUGCUUGAUCCCAGCUAUGAUGGACCAGGAGCCUGAGUUUGCCCCCAGCUACAACCUGGUGACGGAAAUUUUAGUAACAGAUUAUCAGAAUGAAAGAUCUGACCAUUGUGUUGGCCUAGGAUUAAACAAUAUCACAAUGCCAAUAUCUAAUGGCCAAAAAUGGAUAAGGAUUGCAGAAAUAGGUCUUGUAAAGAAGCAAUCAGAUAAAAGUUAA